AUGCCCUCCCCAAAGGACACCACGAUAACCGUCCUCCCCCACCUCUCUCUUUUCGCAGGCUUCGGCCACCCAACAACCGACACCCCCCACCCAGCUCAAAUGCGCGACGGCACACCACGCAAUCCACAUCGUGACGGCAACAUCAACGCAAUGACUCAAGCAGAGUUCGACGCCCUACCCACUUGGUCCGACAUUGAAGACGACCCAGAAGACAAUCGUCUGCAACAACGUCCACGUGAUGGACCACCACGUUACAGCACCUGCAUGCAAGAGUCCUGCCUCACACCCCUCCUCCCCCGCAUCACCCUUGUAGAACAUUCUGCCCACGAAGAAGAUGACUCGAAACAUGGGUUCUGGGGCGAGCGCGCAGCGCAGACGUAUGAUAGCAUCCUUACGUCUUUUCCUGCGUUCAGAAGGAGCAGUGCGGCUGAGAUGUGUGAGAGGAAGACAAGGGGUGCCGGGAGGAGAGGCAUGUGGGCAUCAUGCUUUUUCUGGGUUGCGCUGGGGAUGGGUAUGUUGGUUUUGAUUGGGGUCGGGUUUGCAAUUGAUCUGGGUGCUAGUGAGUUUGGGUUUGGGACUGGCGUUGCGGCGUACAUGGUCAGUGGGGCAAGGCAUGGGAGUGUGAGUGUUAGCGGAGGAAUGCGCGAGAUGCACUUUUGCCUCACACCACCCAACCGCUUCGCCCCGACAUCGCAAACAUGGCACUACAUUGCGCCCCUUGCCCCGACUCGCUGCACAACCCAGGUCCUGACGCUCAGCGCCGGUCCCGCCGAUGCCUGGAAAUUGCAUAGCAGUGAUGAACUCCGUCUCGGCAAUGCGGCGGGCCCCCGCGUGGCUUAG